CUCUCUCAGCGGCGACUCCAAUUAACCCACACCCUCCACCUGCCUUCAUCCACCAAAUAGAUAACAAUAAUAAUAAAUAGAAAAAUAGGGCAGCGGGAAAGCAGCGAAAACCUAUGACUUCCGCCGCUUCCGCUGCCGCCGCCGCCGCUGACGACGAUGGUGACGGGACUCCCGCGUCACCGGCUGAGACGCUUGAACUCAUCCUCCGUCGCCUCCUCCCUUUUUUGCUAUCCGCCGCUCUCUCUGCGCGGACUCUUGUUGGCCGAUGGCGUCUCCUCCACUCUAAGCUCUCCCUCCUCCUCGCCGCCCUUUCCGACGCCGCCGGCUCCCCCCACUGGCCUUCCAACCAGCUUUUCAGCGAUCACCUCCUACCGUCCCUGCUCUCCACGCUCCGCACCCUCCGCUCCCUCUCCGCUGUCUGUCUCGACCAGGACCUUCCUGGAGGGAAGCUCCGCCUCCAAAGCGACGUCGACAUCGCCACCUCCGGCCUCUCGCUCCACCUUCACGACCUCCACCUUCUCCUUCGCUCCGGCCUGCUUCACCACGAUGGUUCCCUCGCUUCGCCUGCCGAUGACUCCGCAGCGAUUGUUCUUCCGCUCCCGGCCCCCUCCGCUUCCCGCGCUGUGCUCGCGCUCUUCGUCCGAGACAUCUUCGCUCGUCUCCAGAUCGGCGCGCUAGAUCUCAAGGGCAAGGCCCUUGAUUCCCUCCUGGAGCUUCUCGCUACCGACCCUGCGAAGAUCUCCCGUCUUGUAGUCGAGGAGGGCGACCUUCCGUUGCUUCUUCGCCUCCUCGAUCCCUCCGCCCACUCGCUUCUGCGCGACCGCACCGCAGCAGUGAUUUCCAUCCUCGCCACCGCCUCCGAUGCCUCACGCCACGCUGUCUUCGAGGAGGGCGCCCUCGGCCCACUUUUGCGCCUCCUCGACUCCGGACCGGCGGUGCUGAAGGAGCGAGCGGCCAUAGCGAUUCACGCACUGACAGCGGAUCAUGGCUGCGCUUGGACAGUAUCUGCCUACGGCGGCGUCUCGAUUCUAGUCGCCGCCUGCCAUUCCGGAUCCGGAUCACCAUCUGUCCAAGCCCUCGCUGCCGGUUCCCUCAAUAACGCGGCUGCAAUCGACGACGUUAGAGCCGCGAUGGUGGAGGAAGGUGCUGUCUCAGUACUCAUCGAACUACUUUCAGGAAACCUCGAAGCCCAAAAGAACGCCGCCCUCUGUUUGGCUUCUCUGGCCGCCAUGGGCGGCGAAGAGAUUCGCAACGCUAUCCUCCAAGAGAACGGCCUCACUCGUCUCCUCCAACUCCUCCGAGUCGCGUCCGACCCGGAAGCGAUAGAUCACGCCCUGAAAGCGAUCAGCGCCUGCGCCCUCGCCGUUUCUCCGACGGCCACCAAACUCCUAUCUUCAUCCCCGCCGCUCUUCGCCCAACUGACGGAUCUGAUCAAGCGCGGGAGCGCCGGGAUCCAACACUCCGCGGCGGCUCUUGUCGCCAACCUAUCCCCUAGCGAAGACAUCAAGCGAACAAUGGCAGAGGCCAUGCCGGCGCUUAUCAAGAUGAUGGAGAACUCCAAACCCUCGAGCGCGCAGGAAGCAGCAGCCGCGGCGCUCACUUCGCUGGUGGCCGUACGGGCAAACCGCCGCGAGCUAUCAAGGGACGAGAAGAGCGUGACUCGUCUGGUCCAAAUGCUAGACCCAAGGAGCGAAGCGGUCGCCGGGAAGGAGCUUCCGGUGGCGGUGGUGCUCGCUCUCACAUCCGGCAGCAGCGGCGGGGCUCGGAGGCGACUUGCUGAGGCCGGUGCGUGUCAGCACCUGCAGAAGCUGGCGGAGGCUGACGUACCGGGCGCGAAGAAGGCCUUGCAGCGGAUCACCGGCAACCGACUCAAGAAUCUGUUCUCAAUUUCCUGGCCUCAGUAACGAAUAAAUCCAUCAAUUAAUCUCGCCACCAUCAAUCGUCAAGGUAUUGCUAAAGGCGCGGGAAAGCGUAGAACGCAAUGACACAAGAAAAAUAACAACAAAAAGGUGUGCGUUUAGUUAAAUAAAUUGCAAAUAGAGUGAUAGCCGGUAAUUGGAUAGUGGUAGGUAGGUUGGUAAAGCGAGAGAGGAGAGGAAGAAGCAUGCAUGGAUGCGGAGUUUUAGGGUGUAUCCUUGUGCUAUUAAUUUGUUGUUUACUUAAUUUUGUUUGAGCCUUUUGUUUCUCAUA